UAUUCAUAUCGUUGAUAAGAUGUGUUCUACUGGAGGAUGCGAAUAAUUACGUGAAUUUGUUCAGGACUCAGAGAUCUUGUAGUAAAUUAGAAUACUACGAUAGGCUACAACACAAAUGUCGGGAAUUCCCGGGUGGGGGAUAUCUUGUAAUCGUUGAUCAUUCUGCUAAAUGUACCGAUGGAGAUAGCGGCUUACAUACCUUCAACAGGAAUGACUUUUAUUACGUUUGCCACAGGGAUGGAGUCAUGAUUGGAAUGUGCCCGAAUAACAUGAAAUUCAACGAUACCAUAGGGCGAUGCAUACCACGAGUUGACGAGUCGCGUUAUACAAUCAGGAUUUAUGAUGAAUCGGAGAAUUGUGGAAUUAUGAUUCCUGAUUGCAACAAGGAUGGUAAAUUUCCAGUUCCUGCAAACUGUUCUUUUUACUACGAUUGCCAGAGGAAUAAUCACAACUACCUACAAUAUGUUUAUAAAUGCCCAUGUGAAACUAUGUACCAUCCAGAUCUCCAUCGCUGUGUUCCGAUGACAAAUUGUUACGUAGACCACUAUGCCAUGUUUGACCGAUUCGAUGAUGAAUUCUUCCCGAAGUGCGUCUUGCAAGGUCAAUUUCGAACUUCUAGGAAUUGCAAUCUGUACUAUCGAUGUGUACCCAACAUGGAUGGGUCAUUCUUUCAAAUCAGAUAUGAAUGCCCAGCAAUGAUGUUCUACAACAUAGAACUGGAACGAUGUCAAACAAAAUACCUCACCAACUGCGAUUACAUACCGUGGAGAACAAUUGUGAAAAAUUAUGCUCUAAAGCAUGACUUAAGUUGUGACCACUGCGAACCGCUAUACACGACUUCAAUCAGCACCCUAAAUACAACGAUAUCAACGAACGGCCCAUGUACGUGUUCUCCUACUACUGAAUGUUUUCGAAGUACCACCGUACCCAUGUUUGAUACAACAAAUGGAACAUCUAGCACUCCAGAAGGGACAACAGACCCAACUGACAUAACCAGCACAUUUUUUCGCACUCGAUCAGAUACUGAGGAUAUUAGUCAAACAGAAACUUAUACUAACUCCAUUAGUACAACUGACUCGGGCGCAACUAUCACAGAUACUACCCAUCCUACAGAUGAGAUAGAAAACCCUGAAGUAACAAGUAGCGUCGAGAGUAGCACUACUGAUCCAGAUGAAAGGACAACCAGUGCACAAUAUUCUACCCACAGCUCGUCCGAAGACUACGACAGCUACGAGAUAUUCACGUGGGACGACCGGUCAUGGCGCCGAACAAAGACACCUCCGGCAUUUCCCAGCCAAGCGACUGCCUUCAAGAAAAAUGGGACCCUGGACCAACCGGUGCGGUGCGUCAACAACCGCCAGGGAGGGCUGACGUGCGAUGGAGUAGAGGGAAACCCGAAUGGGUGGAUUGAAAUACCAGGCUACUCCAUACGCUAUCAAAGGCGGGUGGGUAACGGUGACAAACCGAACAAACAAUUGAACGCCGAUGUGAACCUGCGGCUGCGAUAUCCUCAGAUGUACAGGUUUGAAGCGUACCCGAAAAGGCGAAAAGUGGAAGUGAUAAAUUCAUAAGAUUGAGAAGUCUCGUGCUAAAAUGAAAGCAUUGUCAAUAAAAAAAUGUUCUAGAAAUAGG